GGGAAGAUUUUUCUCCUUAACAAAAAUUUGAAUGAAGUCAGAAAUUGUUCGAAUUUCACGGGAUAAAACAAUUGUGUUAUAAGAAUCAAAUGCCUUGUAUUCGUAUCAAAGAAGUUUAUCAGACUACCAAGCAUGUUAUUGAAGGGAUUGAACUAAACUGCAGAGUGGAAGAAUUAAAGAAAAUCGCCGCAGAGAAAACCAAUAUACCAGUUGAGGACCAGAGUACGGUUUGCAUUGCAUGUCUUUGGUUUGUUUUCUUAAACUUAAGCUGUACUCUGUAUAUCAAGUUUAUUUUUUAUAUAUAAUAAUAUGAAAUUAAUUCCAUAGCGGAAGGAUUUUUUCUGAUUCUGUCCAAAGGCUCAUGAAUAUUAUAGGCAACCUGGCUAGACCUGCGAAUCAAAGAAACUUAAGCUUACGUACAUAAGCUUAGAAAUAUUCAUACAAACAUACGUAACCUUUCCUCGAAUUUACGAGUAGCUAUAACAGUUAAUAUUUCCUAGGAAACAACAACAAAAAGAAAACAUGAAUAGUAACUGACUUACUGACCUGACUGGCUCUUAGAAAUUGUCAUUUCUAUGAUGUCUGAUUUACCUAACUUCUUCGUCGUGGACAUGCAUUUAACUGUAACUGUCCUAUGAAAAAGAAUCUGUUAGUAGAUCUGAAUCUAGUUACGGUUCAUGAAGAGAAAACAAAAGAGUUCACUAUCAAAAUACAACUUUGAGUCUCAAAGUAAAACCGUGUCUGGCCCUCACUGUGGGCACUGAGGCCAUAUGCAAGUUAGAUUAGUAGAGAGAUGAUGUGAACUGUGCAGUUCCUCAGUUCACAUCAUCUUCAUGUUUCAAUCCUUUCACGGGUUAAGAUGAGCGCAACAAAUUUGCCUGUUCCGGCCAAUGUAGGAAGAACGCAUACUUGAAACAUCACGAUUUCCUGAAUUCCCAACAGGCAGGGAAAAAAUCCCACAUCCCAUGCCUAAUUUUUGGUGAAUCCUGCUUCCCGGGUAGCAGUCAAAUCCCAUUUUCUGCCAAGAUAUUUAGCAUUUUCCCGAAUCCCUCACCUUAUUUUGGUCAAAUUGCGGAUCCCAAAAAUACCCUUCCAGACCCUGUGCAAAUGCAUCUGAGCUGAUGAAAACUGGACUGUGUUCAUAUUGCAGAUUGUAUAUUUGCUGGAGAACUACUACAGGAUGAGAAAACUCUAGCCUCCUAUGGAAUCCAAGAUGGAUUUACUGUAUAUGUUGUGAAGAAAUGGCCUGAUCCAGAACUGUUAGGUAUUAAGACCUUUUGGAUGAAUGAAAGUUUCUGGGAAACUGACCACCCACCCCUCCCCUAAGUCAACAUAAACUUCCCACUUAGGGCAAACUGUUGGCCUAGGUGAGGGGUAGGUGGGCAGUAUCCCAGAACCCUAAAUUGAUCCAAUGUUUAAAUUUAGUAAAUAAAUACAGUGGAUCCUCACCCUCAGGACCAAGGCAAGUGUCCCAUGAAUGGAGGAUGGACUGGGGUUUGUUAAUAACCAACAAAUACAAUAUUCUUCUUUUAUUCUGCCUCAGAAUCUGCUACAGCUACUAUUUCAAGCAGCUCAAUAAUGUAUUAAAAAUUCAUGAUUAACUCAUCUUUGGAUAUAAUUUGUGUGUUGAAUUCCCACAAGAACAGUAAAUCAAUUUAAGUGAGAUAGUUCAUGUUGUGAAAGCUGUCGUCAUUGUGACUAGUGAACACUUUAACUUUUCGCUUUUUGUGGUCAGUCACUUUUUGAGUGUCCCUUUCCCCUGAAUAGAGGUGUCUCUUCAGUAGAGGUAACAGAUACCAAGACUAUGAGGACAUUUUUCCUGAAACAAAUUUUGUGUGCCAUAAAUGGGUGUGUCCCUUUAAUAGAGGUGUCUCAAAGGAGAGGUUCCACUGUAUACCAGCUGCUGUCUGUUUUUGGGCUUUAAAAUAUAAAACCCUGCUAAUUCUUUCUAAUUAUGAAUAUUAGAUCUAGAUCCUGAUGAUGUUCCUAUUGCUGAGGUGAUGCCGAUACUGGAGGCAGCAAUAAAAAGUCAUUCGUAUAGAAAUACUGUAAGUUGAUAGUUAACCCUUUCACCCUCAGAACUGUGGCCAAGGUCAAAUUCAACAAAAUUUCCAUAUUUCAUUUUAGAAAGUUUUUGCAAAAUGCUGGGAAAUAAAAUUAAAAGCAUCACUGCACUCAAGCGAGGUUUCCAAACACCUGUUUUCAUGUUUCUCUGAUUGUAAAUUUCUAAUGUCAAUCUUAUCAUACAUAGAGGAUAUUACAUGGCCACGUGGGGAUACAGAAUUUUUCUUCGAGUGUUGAAAAAAAUUUCACGAGUGAGCGUAGCGAACGAGUGAAAUAUUUUCAACACAAGAAGAGAAAUUUUGUAUCUCCAAGCAGCCAUGUAAUGUUCUAUUUAUUAUAUAAACACCAAUGAAAUACCAAACCAUUUCACUGAAACAGUUUUAUCCUGCGAAAGGCGCAAUAUAUUAUGUAGCCAUAGCAACAGUGAUAUUCUCACAUGUGAAAAUAACAUGUUUUUGCGCGAAAGUUCACCUGGUAUUUCAUUGGUGUUUAUAUAAUAAAUAGAGGAUAUUACAUAGCUGGUCAGAGAUACCAAAUUUCUCUUCGUGUGUUGCACGGACAAGUGAAAUAUUUUUUAACACGAGAAGAGAAAUUUCGUAUCUCUAAGUGGCCAUGUAAUGUUCUAUUUAAGAGGUGCGAUUUAUUAUGUAGCCAUAGCAACGGUGAUCUUUUCACAUGUGAAAAUACCAUGAUUAUUUCACAUGUGAAUCGAAGGUGUCAUAUUUUUGAGCAAAAGCUCACCUGGUAUUUCAUUGGUGUUUAUAUGUACAUAAAUUAAUAUCUUUUAUGUGCUGCUUUCAAUAAGGGAUGCUUGGAUGGAAAGCAUCAAGUGAUCUCUUACCUAAUAACUACUAGAUUCUCCUUCCACACUGCCUUGUAUUUGCUUAUAAACAAAAGGAGUAUUUGUGAUUUCAUCAAAAAUCACUUAUUGACCAUGUCUUGUUCCACCCACCCCUUUUGUCAAUAAUAUACCUGUAUAUUUUAGCAAAAAUACAAUUAAAUGUAUUGCUUUUCAUAACUUUGUAUAACUAUUCUUUAGGUAUCCAAAAUUCUUACCAACCCAGACAUGUUGGAACAAUUGAUUGUGACAACACCUGGACUGUCAGCAGAUCCUGUUGCUAUGAGUGAGUAACAUGAGCUGAUCAAGAGAGUUUCUUCUUUAGGCAUUUUCACACAAAGUAUAUGCUGUAGAGUUGGGAAGUACAGUGACAUAAGGACAAAAUAGAUGCUUUUCAACAGACAGACAUUUACAUGCAUGAUUUAUAUAAGAGCUCUGUGUCUAUUUUCCUCUUAGCCCUUCUUCAAGAUCCUGAGCUUCUUGAGCAACUUGUGGAAACAGCAAAUGUUGAAACGUAAGUAGCACAACCUGCUGCAUAAUUACACAAACAUUAUCUUUGCAAAAUAUUGUCCAGUUAAAAUUAAAUAAGAUGGAAAGUAUCAUGGAUAUGACAAUUUCACUUUAGUAUCUGGAUUUAUUCUGUAUUUCAUUGUAUGUGUUACAGGUCAAAAUUAUAUUCAGGUUAAAAUUUUUCAACUUUGCUUGCCCUUGGUUGAUUCUCAGUUUCCUUCAUCUCCUAUCCCUAAUUAUUUAUCAGCCAUACAAACAUUUACAGAAAAUAAUAGUUACUCUUUUUUUUGGACACACCUGAUCUUUAAUUCUGCGGGACACCAUGAAUUGAGUGGUUCAGACCAAAUUUCACAGUCUUAUUUUUCUGUAACCUGAUUGGUUUUAAGCCUACAUGCACAUGCAGCUGCCAGGCAAAGUACCAAUUCACAGGGUUUUUCACAAGUUCUGACCCUGCAAAAAAUGCCCUGUUCACAAGUUUUGAGAUUUUCUACCCUAUUCUUGGUUAGAUUUCUUCUUGAAUGCACAUGCUCCAAUACGGAUGACAUGGCAUUAUAUAGUGUAGUAUUGUUGUUACAACCUGAAUCACAUGCUGCCACAGUAAGGAUGUGCAAAAAAUGGUUGUGGAGAGGUCCUUGGUUUAAAAUUUAAACCAAGGACCUCUCCACAACCAUAAUGCAAGUAAAGCAAAAUACAUUGUAGGGUGUUGGGAUGGGGCUGUUAUGUGUGGGGAUAUCUAUCUUAGACAGAUUUCAUUAAAACACAUUUAUACUAAUGGGAGGUUUGCAUUCUUAAUUUCAGAGUCAUUCAAGAGCAUCCCAGCCUGAUACAAGCAGCCUCAUACAUUGCUGCGGCAAUUGCCAAGGAAGGUGGGGAACGCCCUCCAAGUAGACGGAACCAUCGUGCUGUGGUUGACGACUAUGAAUCUGAUGAAGAGCUACAGGGAAUGGAACCUGGGGUAAGAAUUUAUUUCCAGUUUAUGAAUUUAGUGCUUUGAACAUCACAAUGUAAGAACUCCAACUUACAUUAACUCAUGACAAACUUCCUCGACAAUCAACUCCCUUUAUUGCGGAAACUAUGCACUGUAGCGACAGGUCUCGAGGUAGUGUCCUCAUUAGGAAGAGUACGCAAUAGCGAGAGUUUAUUUCAGUCAGAUGUCUGUACAUGUAAUUUGUUUUCACCGGGGAUUUAGUUCCUGUCCGUUAUAGAUAGCGGGGUGUCUGUAAGGCAAGAGUUAACUGUAUUUAUUUUCUCUUAUCCUGCUCGAAGUGCUUCAACAGGAGAUAUUUCAAACCUUCAUUUUGAGGCACUGUUUUUGAUAUCAUGUAUAGAUUAUAAUUUGGAACAAGUUAGUCCCCUGGCCUUCCCACAAGAAUCUGAAAAUGGUCUGAUUGCUUAGUGUUCGCUGUUAUACUACACUACCCAGAGUAUAAGUCAAAGAACUUUUAGCGAACAUGCAUAUGGACCCAUUUUUUUAGAGAAAUUGAAUGCAAUGCAAAUUUCCUUCAAAAAGUACAAUUUAAGCCAGGAUUGUACUAGCCUCCCCGCAGACGUCCUUUGGGGUUCGUUUGUCACGCAUUCAUUUCUCCCUCCGUGGGGGAGAAAUGAAUGCGUGACAAACGAACCCCAAAGGACGUCUGCGGGGAGGCUAGGAUUGUACUUCUUCUCAGAAAAGACCUUUUGUGGCUUGAUUCUCAUAAGAGACAACCUCCCAUGCAUGCAACCACUAAAUCAUCACAUUUUGGGUGAUUGCUCAUGUGAAAAUUGAAUGUCUAUGUUAUUAAUAAAAAAUAAUGUUUAUCAAUAAAGACAUUAAAUACUUUCUCAUUUAUCAACAACUGACAGCUAGUUGCCCAGGCAGAACUGGUCGCUGCAAAUGAAGAACGUAUUCAGUCAUCAAGAUCAUCGUCAUCAUCAUCAGGUCCAUCAUCAGGAUCAGCUGCAGCACAUCAACAAAUUACAUCAUCUUUACUGUCGUCAGCGCUGGCCAGUGCUGGAAUACCCCAGGCCUCUACAUCUCGAAGUCACAGUAAGCCCUUUAUUUUGCUAUAUUAUUUAUAUGUCACACUGAUUUUAAAGACUAGAGCUAAAUUAAGGGGUGACGAGCCGUACACAUGUACACACACUCAUAAUCAGACAGCAAUCAACCUUUCAAACUGAUGUACAAGUAGCAAUUGUUGCCACCCUUAUUAAGUGACCCAAGGGAGGCCAUUGAAGGGGCUUCAACCGUAAUAAACUGUGUUAAAAAAAGUAAUACGUCAGUUCUGAGCUUGAUUUGAACAUUGUGUAAUUUGAGAAGGGUGUUAUCAACUAAAGGCGUUAUUGGUUAUUUACUGCCAAACUAAAGAAAAUUAAGAAAACAACUAUUUUAAAUUAUUUUUCUAGAUCUUUCUUCUCCUGGUCCAUCAACAAGCAGUGGCACUUCGACUUCUCGGCAGACAAUCACAAGAGAUAUGGUUCGUGAAGCCAUGGCAUCUGCCAGAAGCGUGGCUCACACAUCUUCUCAAAUGCAGGUAGGUUUAAGAAUAAUUAUAAUGCUUACAUGCAUGAGAAUGAAUUAAACGAAAUGCAAUGGACACUGUACAAGCUUCUUGUAUUAUUUUGCCUUAGCUUUAUCUUAAAAAUGUACAAUCAUCUUGUAUGCGGACAAUGUUAGAACUCAGGGUUAGGCGACCCACUUAAUCCAAGCCCUGACAGCCCCCACCCCCUCAUUAACCCAUCCUUCAUUGUCUUCUCCACUAUAAAUUCAGUCAAUAGUGUGUACUGAGUUAAUCAACCCUUUCCAGUCUUCUCCACAGACAACCCAAUCAGCCUACCCUAUGGCUCUUUUUUUUGUGGGGCCAGUUUAUAAAUAUUAAUGUCAGACAUUCAAGUAACCUUUGUUGUCCAUCCCAGUAAAGGACUAACGGAAGGAAUUUGGGGCUGUGAAAAAGCCAUGAAAGUUUCCUGGUUUUGUGUUAAUUCAUAUUUUAUAGAUGGUGCAUUUAUAGCAGUUAAUCGGGAUGCAAAAGGGGUACCGUUUGUCAAUAGAAGGCAUACAAAAGGGGUACCUUCUCGGACAGGGUUUGAAAAAAUUCUUGUCCAGUAAUCCGGGACAAGUGGAUUUUCUUGCUGGGCAAGUAGCUUUUGAAGCUUACUUGCCCAAUGGGCAAGGGUCCAAAUAACUCAUCCUCUAGCAGCUAAUGAAAUCUUUAACUGAGACAAGCAAAAAGUGGCCCUGGGCAAGUGAAAUGUUAGAGCUGCUUGCCCAAAGGACAAGCUGGAAUUCAAGUUUUUGUGGAGCCCUGCUUUUCUGUCAAAAAUGGUGUAUAAAAGGUUAAGGGGUUGGACCUCCCUCGGGGUGGACCCCUCCCCCACCUCCCAUAUAAAACUUUAUUGAGUACCCCACAACCCUCUGGACCCCAGUCCUUUUCUCAUAGGAAACCCACCUAACCAACAAACCUCUCCAACCUGCUCCACAGGCUACCCACUCAGUAAUUUCCUGUUUUCUUUUUUCCCUUGAUAGUCACAAUUGCAGCAGCUGAGAGAUAUAGGUAUCACUGAUGAUGCCCUUAGUCUUCAAGCCUUAUCAGCCACUGGUGGUGAUGUGCAAGCUGCUCUUGAGCUCAUAUUUGAAGGACUGUAAGCUGUGUUCUAAAUAAAUUAAUGUAGUUAUAGACACAGGGCAUUUAUUUGACUAUGCAUCUUUAGGACAUUUUUUUUUUGAGUUAAUUCGUUAAUCUAUGGCCUGUUACUGAUUUCAAUAUAGUUGUUCUUUCAAAGCCCUUAUUUAUUUAGUUGGAAGGAUCAAGUUUGUGAAACCCUGAAGUUGAAACAUUACUGUCAGUUAUUUCUGUAUAAAAUUUAAAUACAAUUUUAAGUGAAC